UUCGGAGCGAGUCCGCGUCGCUCGCGUCUUCGCUCGGCCCACUGGCAAAGUGCGCGCAUCCAAGUCUGUGUCUCCCACCUCUCUUACCCCCUGUAUACAGAGCAGCCCCGUCCUCGCGCAGUUUGUGUUUACGCAGCCGAGUGUACCUAUUUAUUGUUAUCGUUAUCGAGGCAAACGUUGACGUUGACACACGGCAUUGCGUUCGAUUUCAAUUUCGUUGGUGCGCGAUCGCAGGUGCAGUGCAUCCUGGUGCAUACGGGAUAUAGCAACGAAGUACAGAGAGAGAAAAGAGUCUCUUGCAUCUCUUGAUCGAUUUCUGUGUUCUCCAUUUCUGUGCGUGUGCGUCGAUUCGAUUUACGAACGUGUGCGACUCAUGCUGUAAGCGAGCUUAUUGCGCUCGAUGCAGCAUCGAAUAUCAGAGUGCGGGCAUUCCUCCAGUCCUAAAACUAGCUGAGAUAUAAUAGUAGAAGAAGUGUUUGCGUGAUAUAUACAAAUGUGCGUGUGUGAGAGGCGCUUUUAAAAAGCAACAAGUUCUCUCUGUUUGUCGCUGCAACGGAUGCUGCUUUCUGUGCUUGCGACCUCUGUGAGGAAAGCUUGAGCUAAGCGGAGAGACGAACAAUCGCUCGAGGCUUGGAGCUUUUGGUCGAUCGAAUCCAUUCCCAGGGACGAAUAAAGAAGUCCAGUUUCGAGCCAUCCUCGUUACUCGACGAGAAAUGCAUCUGAAUUUUGGCAACGGAACGAGCUGCCGGCGGCGGCAAGGCACUUGGGGCUGCUCGUGGCUGGUCGCGACGCUGGCCCUCGCGCUCCUAUUGUGCGCCGAAGCCGUGUCCAGUCUCGACCUUGGUCCGAUCGUGAGAGUCGCCCAGUGCAGAUCGCAGUGCUUGAAGAGGCACAGCCUCGACGGCUCCUGCGAGUGGUGGCGGCACGGCGAGACCGGCUGCAACGAGUGUUGGCAGCAAUGCGAGACUCUGGAGAAGCAAUGGGGCAGUCCGAAGGCAGCAGCCCCGGCCUCGGCUAGCGCGUCUUCGAGCAACGGCUCUCUACAAAAUCAGCAGCAGCAGCGAGCUAGCUGCGACGACGACGAGUACAAGCAGUGUCCGAGCUGUCGCACGGCAUGCGAGUAUCGCAAGAGUCAAGUGGUCGAGCAGUACCUGCCAUCGAUGCUCCCAGCGCCGCACCGAGCACCGGUCAACCUGGCUAAAAACGACGUAGCCGUACUCAUGCACAAGGUACGCAACGAGUGGAGGGUCUUUGGAUACUACCCCGGCACCCGAGCCCCAUCGAGCCUCCGCCACGACGAAUGGAUCGUGGCCGUCGUCGAGGACGGUGGCGUGGUCCAUUUCUCGUGGGAGGAGUGGCUGCCUACCCUCGACUCGCUGAAGGAAGGUCCACUGUUCGAAGCCACGAUCUCGUGGCGCGACGUCGACAUCCAACUCAAGCGUCAGACGCUCCUGGAGCAGAAGCGCUUCAACGACCGAGUUCGCCAGUUCUUCCUGGAAAAGUACGGCGAGAAAGUGCUCGAGUGGAGGAACCAGGACGAAGACACGGCCAUUCCCGAGGAAGUUUUCCGGCGAUUCUUCUUCCGCAGACGAGAUCAGGACGAGUCGGGUAAGAGACUCGACGACACGGACAAUCCCGAGCCGUCCACCCUGGACUCGGAGGACGAGCGCAACCAGAGCCAAGUCGGCAAGGAGUCGUUCGUCGUCUCCUGGGAGCCCGAGACCGGUGGCCUCAUGGGUAACCAGGUGGCUGACUCGAACUUUGCGCAGAUCAGCCUUCUUCCAGGCACCAAGUACCUCGUGCGAAUAGCCUCGAACGAGGGCCCCGGCAGCUUCCCGAUCGAGGUGGACACGAGGCCGAGCUCGAUACAGGUGUUUCAGCUAAAAAAAAACUUCGUCGACGCGAUGGUGUAUCCGUGGGCCGUGCUGGCGGCCAGCAUGUGCGCUGCCAUCAUCGUCUGCAUCGCCAUCAUAGUAAAGCUCUGCCGGCGCACGGCCAAGGAGAUCGAGCCGCUCGAGGUCGUCUGAUGAUACCAAUGCGACACGGCGUCUAACUCCUCCUCCACCUCCUCGAGUCAUCAUCCGCUUCUGUCGAGACUGCACCAGACGAUUUUUUAUCAAGACUGACCGAUAAGCUCCCGAGGCCGCUCGGAGCGCGCGAGGUGUAAGCUCGUCUGAAUUCGAAUCUCGACGUUAAGGCAACCGACCCGCUUAUCGAUAACAAAAAGUCGCUAUUCCUUUUCAGAGCGAUGUAGCUAUACAUAACGAAUCCCCCUGUACAAAUUGUCUAGAAUUAUUUUCGACGUAAUGCUACAUGAUAUAUAGAAAAACAGACGGAGACCACGACGGCUCCUUGUAAAUUGUAUUGUAUCAUACACAUGUAUUGUUAGGAUAUGAAUGAAUCGCGGCAGCAAACAUAUAUGUAUAACAUUGUCGAUCCGUGUGAUGUGUGUAGUAAAAAUAUUUCUCAUCAAAAUUACGUAUCUAUGGAACAAGAAAAAAAAUUAAAUAAAAUUAACUUUCGCCCCGUAUGUACGAAUAAGGCGAGUACAUGAACAAAAUAUUACGUGGAUGUGCAUAAACAAACAUUUAUAUUAAAAACAGAUCGCUGAGCUUAGUUUUCUAACGAAUCGAACAUAAUAUAUGUGAAUUGCUGAUUUUUGUAUGAUAUUUUUGUAAUUAAUAUUUUACACACAAUAUGUGUAUCCGUGCAUAUACAUAUACAAAUAUAUAAAUAAAAAAAGUAUAUAUAUAUUAUAUUAAAUAAUGAUAUACAUAUAUAAAUAAAUAAAUAAAUAAAUAAUGAUAUCGAACGUGUGCGACAAUUGCGCAACGAAAACAGACUGUACGAGAGUUCCUAUUGGUAAGGAUGAGUGCGCAAAGCGACGCAAGGAUACUCUCUCGUCGGAUAUCUUGUAGUCGCGCGCCCCAAACAUGUUCUUUCUUUUUUGCUGUAUCUAUAUUUUGUACAUAGAAAAUGUGGCUUCGGCGCUGCUACGCUGCACCGAUCAGCCAUCUGUAAAUAACUAUCAAUCUAGGUGAAUUAAUAAAAUACUUA